AUAUAAAAUCGGAAUAUGAAUAUUGCCUUAUUAAAUACCCUCUCCUUCAUUAAUCUGCUUUAUAAAUAUCAAUCUUGAUUUAAUAUUUAGUUAAUAAUGAAAUGAUUUCACGAUUAUAUAUCUCGCGAUGAUUUUAUAUAUAAGAUUCAAAUAUGAAUACCGUUCAUAAACGAACGUGGUCAGCUGUGUAACUGGUGAUCGAGAAUAGGAGUCCCUUUAUUAUAAGGAAUUACAUUUAGUAGCUCUUUUCUCGUGUACAUGAGUUUAGUACAUUAGUUAUAUCGUAACAUGGCGUCAGCGAGAGUGUUAAAUCAUCUUUUCCAAAAAAGGCUUCUGAUCACACAUAUGCCAAAUACAUCAUAUUGUUUUAGUAUUGUCCCCAGCAUUAAAAACAGUGCUUGCUACUCGACAAAGAAAUCUGUGACCAAGGUCGACUCCAACGAAACUGGCAAUCAGGUACAAGUUGGCACUGCACAAGUAGUUAAAGAAAACGUGAAAUCUGCUGGCUAUCUUGGAGUGAUAAUAGGUGGCAUAGGGAUUACCGCAUUCAUUUUGUACACCUUAUUUUCAGAGUUGUUCUCUAGUAAAAGUCCAUAUGGUGUCUACAGUGAUGCUCGCGUUCGUUGCAUUGAACAUCCAAAGGUCAUGGAUAUUCUUGGAGCACCUGUAAAGGCUUUUGGAGAAGAAACUCGACGUGGACGUAGAAGACACAUUACUCAUAUAUAUUACAUCAAGGAUGGGAUCAAAUACAUGAGAAUAAGAUUUUAUGUGCAAGGAACGAGAAGACAGGGAACGGUGUAUGCAGAAGUGAAGGAGAACGCGUCUGGCGGUUACGAAUAUUCAUACUUAUACGUUACGGUGAAUCAUGUUGGAACGAUUGUGAUUGAGGACAAUCAAGACACUGCAAAAUCGCAGAAAGAUCGUGAAUCCAUACUAGAUUAUGACUUCUUAGUGGAUAAUCAAUACAAUUAAAUGUACAAUAUAUUGAAAUGUAAAUAGCGCUACUGUAUUAAAAUGUAUACAAUAAAAUUUGAUAUAAAAUAUA